AUGGCUAAUGGUAGACAAGGUCCAAGGUUUCUACAUCAAUUGCGGACAAAAGCACUGCCACAGCACCAAAUGCGAUCAUCUACUCAAAAGAUUUCAAAGCUUGCAAAGUCUUUAAGUAAGCCUACAACACUAGCACAAGCACCGACAGCCCCAUUGCACUCAUCAGUAGAGCAGAUUAUCACUUCCAUUCCUACUCAUGUUCCAAAACAUCAUUGUCCACCUCAAGUUCAAUCAUCACCACUUAUGCGAAUGCUAAGAUCAGCUUCUGUUAAGCAAGGGUCAACUUCUAUUAACCAAGGAUCAACUUCUAUUCAACAAGAAUCAACUUCAACUGCAAAUGCCACAGAGCCUACUCAAGUUGCUUGUUCCCCCACGGUAGAAGAGGUCACUAAUACUAAUAGCAGUGCAGUUCGCAAGAAAGUACGUGGUGAGACUCGAUGUCUUGAGCUAUCCAAGAGGAAGCGUGAUGGUGUUCAACUUGAUAUUGAUAUUCCAAAGCAUACUAUGAGAGCUGUAGGAACAAAUUGUCAAUUCUACAUUACUGGUAUGGGGUGCUUUGUUCGAAAAAAUGUUCCAUUGCAAAUUAAGAAGUGGUCUGAGCUCUCAAGAGAAGAUGUUGCUUUGCUAAUUCGUCAUGCCCGUGAAAAAUUCAAGUUGAGCAAUGAGUCUCAUGUGGAUGAGGCAAUUGAGAAACAUAUGAUGAGAUAUUUUACCACUUGGCGCUAUAAUUUGCGUAAGAAAUUUCUGAAAUAUGACUCAAUAGAGGAAGCUAUAGAAAAUCGACCUGAAGAUGUGGAAGAGGAAGAUUGGAACUAUUUGAUUGCAAAUCUGUGGCAAGAUGGAAAGUGGCUGAUUGUGAAGUUUGUGAUUUGA